ACGCAGAGUCUCCAUUCUCUGCGGCGGUAGCAACAGCUCUUCGGAUCUCCUGUGCGUCGGAACCCUAGAGGAACAAGUCAUUAUCAAUUUUCAUGGCGCCGAAGAAGGAAAAGGCUCCCCCACCGUCAUCUAAGCCGGCCAAGUCCGGCGGUGGAAAGCAGAAAAAGAAGAAGUGGAGCAAAGGAAAGCAAAAGGAGAAGGUCAACAACAUGGUUUUAUUCGAUAAGGCUACAUACGACAAGCUUCUGUCUGAAGCUCCAAAGUUCAAGCUUAUCACUCCUUCCAUCUUGUCAGACAGAUUAAGGAUCAAUGGAUCGUUGGCACGUAAGGCAAUCAAGGAUCUGAUGGCAAGAGGUGCGAUCAGGAUGGUGUCUGCUCAUGCUAGCCAGCAGAUCUACACCAGGGCCACCAAUACUUGAGAGCGAAAUUAUCGGUAACAAUCAAGGCAUGAUUUUCUUGUUUCUGCUUCCAAGUUUUUGUUUACUGUAACAUUUAGGGGAUCAUUGUCACUCCAGCCCAUACUUUUGUUCUCUUGCAAUCUGUUACUAUGCCAUAUUCAGAUUUAAUUUUGACCUUUUUUAGCAGCUUAUUGAGGCUAUAC